AUGAUUGAAAUUGACCCAGAUGAGGUCGAAGCGCUCAAUAGAUGGAAUUGCGCAAUGCUUAAUAAACGCAGAAAUAGAAAAUUAAAAUGUCGUACUUUUAAUUAUUGGAAACAACUUGCUUUCGAAGCAAUUAAUUCGAAAACUCAAGAUGAAGAAAUAUCAAUUUUUAAUAGAAAUACAUCAUUCAAAAGCAUAUCAUCAGGACAGUCCCAGAAUCAGACUCUUUCAAGAACAAACCGUACAACAGAUGCUCUAAAAUCAGAACUUGACUCCCUUUUAAGAGAACAAUCAGAGCUCGAAAACUCUACUGAGCAAAUAAAGGCAACAUUACGCAAUUUACCUCGUGCUAGUACAACAUUUCGAAAUUCAACGUAUACAACAAGUUUCACAACAACAACUCAGUCCAGAAGAUAUGGCAAUUUCUAA